UCAAACCCAAGCCUGGCAUCAAACAGCGAGCCCUCAGAUAAACCAAACAAACAGACCGGGGAUCGCACAGAGGGAGGCGGCCCUGGAAGUGGAAUAACAACACAACCAGAUCUCGACGCCUUGCACUUUACAAACUCUUUGCAUUUCCACAUUAAUGAUCCCUCUGUCUUGCAUGCAAUUGUAUCGAAUUGUGAGGUUAUUGUCAUGCGAUCAUAAUGACCUGUUUGUAGCUCUAGUGUCCGCCCUGUGAUUGCGCUUUGAUGUAGGCCUAGAGGCCGAUCAGAGAUCAGAUUACAUGUUUUAGAUCGCAGCCAUCCCCUGCCUUUGAUCUCCACGCUGAUUUUGUCUUCAAUCCGGGGAUUCCUCUGGACUGGAGCAGCGCAGCCGGGCAGAGAGCACAUCGCAUGGCUGGAAUGGUCUGGAGCCCUAUGCAGAACGCAUAGGAGUGGAUAUCUGUCUCAAACUACAGUCAUUCAGCCAGGGAAGGGAUAACUAAAGGACGGGAUAACUAAAGAACCGAUCAGACUACAGCAGCACAUACCAGACUCAUUCCACAGUAGCCCCUCAAAAUGGCCUGGAUGUUUGGUCAAACCUGGUUACUUCUACUGACAUUUCAUGUAAUAUACUCAUCUCUGGUUCCUGUAACGGCGGAGGAGGAGACCAGUGAAUGCAGAGAACAGGAGUACAAGGAUCAGCUUGGGAACUGUAAACCCUGCAAGCAGUGCGACGCGGGACAGGAGCUAUCAAAGGAAUGUGGCUUUGGUUACGGAGAGGAUGCCCGGUGUGUGCCCUGCAGAAGCAGCCGCUUCAAAGAAGAUAGGAGCCUGCAGAAGUGCAAGCCCUGCCUGGACUGUGACCUGAACAACCGCUUCCAGAAGGGCAACUGUUCCACCACCAGAAAUGCUGUGUGCGGAGACUGUCUGCCCGGGUUUUACAGGAAAACUAAGCUGAGCGGAUUCCAAGAUAUGGAGUGCAUACCAUGUGGGGACCCUCCACCUCCAUAUGAACCACACUGCAGCGGGCGGGUGAACCUGGUUCCCAUCCCCCCGGUGGUGACCAGCCCUCGGGACAUGGCUCUGGCAGCAGUCAUCUGUAGCGCUCUGGCCACCGUGCUGCUGGCCCUGCUCAUCCUCUGUGUCAUCUACUUCAAGAGACAGCUGCUGGAGAAGAAGCCCAGCGCAACUCUAAGGUCCCAGGAUGGUCCGUACAGUGGAGCAGAGUUGUCCUGCUUGGACCGACGGAAGCUCCAUGACUUCCCUCAGCGCCCAUGCUGCCAAUGUCACCAUGGGCCAGGCCACACCUGUGGUAGGUCCUAUUACUGGUGGGCUUCUACAAGCACAUCAAGUGGCCCAGUGCACUUGAUCCCCUCCCUGUGCUGUGAUGAAAUCUGCAGUCUGGGCCGGAGCAGAGACACCAGCCCCUUCCAGUCCCAGAUCAGCCUCAACGAGGGAUGCAGCAUAAACCCCUGUGAGGAGAACGUCCUGGCCUAUCUGAAAGCCCAUCCAGAGCCCUGCAUCUCCAGAGAGGCUGGCGAGACAUGGCCACUCAUGCAGAACCCCGACUGUGUCGAGAGCUUGGGAUCGCUCCGCUGCAACCCAGAACCCACAGAGAGGUGCGAUGAGGGCGAGGAGGGCGAGGAGAAAGAGGAAGAGGGGUUCACAUUAAGUGAGGACACACAGGAGAAGCCAACUGAUCAGAGCCAGGAGAAGACUGGUGCCUUGACAGAGGUCCUCCUUCCAAAGCAGCAGCCAUCUUCACUGGAAGGAUGACAUGGAUUUAGUUGGCUCGCGUUCCACCCUUGAACCACCCUGGACCGGAAAACAGUCCAGAAAGAUCCCGUUUCAGAUUACAUUAGCCCACACACCAAUUUCAAAAUAGUGUGUGGCACACAAUCUCUUUCAAGCGGCUUGUGACCCACGGCCUUCCGUCACGCAUCUGAAGCGACUAUGUAAAUAAAUGCAAACAAAAGCACUUCACUGUAAAAUAAAGCACAAGAGCAGAGACUGAAAAGAAAUCUAUGCACAACGCGAUGUUGCCGGGAGGCUGAUAUAAUGAAGUUCAAAUGAUGACAAAAUGACUGUUGACUGGUACAAAGUAAAUAGAAGCCAUCCCCUUUGUUUCGGAUGUCUGCUUAAGAAUGUCUUACAUCUACUUAUGUAGGUGACUAGCAGCAACAGUAUCACAGAUCUGGCAGUGUGACUAUUGGUGUGUCUUAAUAACUGACAACGUCUCCUUAAAGGGCCUAAGAGAAGCACGUCAAAACGGACGUCUGUGAUUUCUGGUGCACAUUGAAGACAGUCUAGAUAAUACUGAAUAAGACCUUUUAAGGAUUGGACCCUUUUUUCACCAAAUUUAGCCUAAAAUGACAUACCCAAAUCUAACUGCCUGUAGCUCAGGCCCUGAAGCAAGGAUAUGCAUUUUCUUGGUAACAUUUGAAAGGAAACACUUUGGAGUUUGUGGAAAUGUGAAAGGAUUGUAGGAGAAUAUAACACAAUAGAUCUGGUAAAAGAUAAUACAAAGACAAAACCAACAUUUUUUUGUACCAUCAUCUUUGAAAUGCAGAGAAAGGCUAAAAUGUAUUAUUCCAGCCUGGGUGCAAUUUAGAUUUAGGCCACUAGAUGGCAGCUAUGUACCUGCAAAGUUUUAGACUGAUCCCAUGAACCAUUGCAUUUCUGUUCAAAUGUGCCUAAUUUGUUUAUUAAUAACUUUUAUGUUUAAAACUGUGCACUCUCCUCAAACAAUAGCAUGGUAUUAUUCCACUGUAAUAGCUACUGUAAAUUGAUCAGUGCAGUUAGAUUAACAAGAAUUUAAGAUUUCUGCCAAUAUCAGAUAUGUCUAUGUCCAUUGUUCUUGUUACUUACAACCUUAUGCUAAUCGCAUUAGCCUACGUUAGCUCAACUGUCCCGCAAGGGACCCACCGAUCCUGAAGAACAAUGAGGAAUAUUUGUCUGUGAUAUCAAAUUGGUUGUAGAUCUUGUAAAAUAGAAAAUAGGUCAAUAUUUUUGUAACGUAGACAUAACUGACUAGUGGCAAAUAUGCCUGUUUUUUUCAGUUGCAGUAUUGGUGGUUGUGCAUAAUUUUAUUAUACACUUCCACAAUUAAAUUAAAUUUGAUAUAAAUGUCCAUAUUUGUAAAUAAACCACUUCAACAAGACAAACUAUGCGAUCUUGAUUGUUGUUCAAAUAUCUCUAGUGAAUAGCACUGAAAUGGCCCAUCUUAAAUCCUACACCAAGGACCUCAGACAACCUGCAAUCAUCACUACAUCACAUACUACAUUCACUUCAAUAUACAGUGGGGUCUCUUUCUGAAACUCAACAUAUUACUUCCCCAAAAAUAAUAUGAUUGGAUUUGGUUCAGAACAAGAUACAUACAAGUAAUGAAAAUAAAGCUUCCAUUAGCGAUUUCAUAUUUAGGACAUUAUUCAUGGCUCUGUGCGAUGUACAGUAGGCCCUCAUGUGGUUACAGCUACCCAGCUCGCUCCUUUUGAUAGCAUGUCCACACCUUGAUUAACCAUCUGAAGUAAGUCCCACCUCACCGGGUGACGUCCAAGGUCUGAUAGCAGUGCUAGGCAAGUAAUGCUCCCGAGUAGUGUAGCGGUCUAAGGCACCACUACAGACCCUGGUUUGAUCCCGGGCUGUUUCACAACCAGCUGUGACUAGGAGUCCCAUAGCCCAGCGCACAAUUGGCUCAGCAUCGUCAGGGUUAAGGGAGGGUUUGGCCGGGGUAGGACGUCAUUGUAAAAAAAUAACAAUUUGUUCUUAUUAACUGACUUACCUAGUUAAAUAUAGGUUACAUUUUUUUAUUUAUUAAAAGGACAUUGUAUGGUGAGCAGCUGCAACCUCAGCCCCUAGUAAUUACAGUCAGAAUCUGUUGAAACAGAUGUAACAGCUGGUAAUACUUGAUUCAGCUAGUCGUCACAGUCUGGGUCGUGCUCUGUGUGAAUUAAACAGAAGUCCCUCAAAUCUCUGAUUCAUAACACCUAAGAGUCACUAUCCUUCCUUCUCUGCCCAUAACCUCCCCUCCCUCCACCCAUCUCUCCAUAACAGGAACACUUAGACAAAACAGAGGGAGCAGAUUUGCCUUUAAGUCAAAACACUGGCAAAAUGACAGGAAUAGCAGGUGUUGUAUUUGUCACCUCUGAUCUGAACAGGAAAUAACAAUGAACUGCUCAUACUUUCUCAGAAAAUUAUAUUCAACGCUCACAUAUUGUUGUACCAGAUAUGAGUAUUUUCUCUUCCUUAAAUCUAUGGGCAGAUUUUUAAAAAUAAAAAAAAUAAAAAUGUCUACAUACUUCAACUUAUCUAUUUAUAUGGACAUUGGAACAGAUGCUUCAAAUUUACAUUCUCAAAGUGCUGAAGAUUAUAUUGCACAAUGAUGCAAUAUUCUGAAUUACAGAAUGUACUUCUAGUGCUUUCCAUAAUUGAUAUGCAUCAAUGACAAAUAUUUGUGAAUAUGGUAUAUUACAUGUGGUAUAUGAACAGAUCUGCAAAAACGUUCAUGAACCACGUAGAACUUUUGGUUGACCUAAAUCACUAAAUACUAAACUGAACAAAAAUAUAAAUGCAACAUGUAAAGUCUUGGUCCUAUGUUUCAUGAGCUUAAAUAAAAUAGCCCAGAAAUGUUC